UUCCCCUUCUCUCCUGCGUAAUCUUCUCCCCAGCUAGCGAGGAUCUCAGAGUGUGGUAAUCAGGUGAAAGAUGGGCAUUUUCGAUGGGCUUCCCACCGAAGUGGCGGAUAAACCUUACUUGAAGGAAGAUCUUUCAAGAGUAGAUGAAAGCUGGGCAGCUGCACGUUUUGAUUCCUUACCUCAUGUUGUCCAUAUCUUGACAUCAAAGGAUCGUGAAAGUGAAGUACAUUACUUGAAGGAACAGAGUGAAAUCGUUGAAGAUGUUGUGGAUGAAGUUGUGCAUGCUUACCAUACUGGCUUCAACAGAGCAAUUCAAAACUAUUCCCAGAUCUUGAGACUUUUUACUGAAUCUGCUGAAAGCAUUGCCACCUUAAAGGUUGAUUUGGCAGAUGCAAAAAAGAAACUUCUUGGUUCCCGCAAUAAGCAAUUGCAUCAGUUAUGGUAUCGGUCGGUUACAUUGCGCCACAUAAUCUCACUGCUAGAUCAGAUCGAGGGUAUAGCUAAGGUUCCAUCUCGUAUCGAGAAACUUAUAGUUGAAAAGCAGUUUUAUGCUGCACUACAAUUGCAUCUGCAGUCAGCGCUGAUGCUUGAGAGAGAGGGCCUUCAAGCGGUUGGUGCUCUUCAAGAUGUUCGAUCUGAAUUAUCGAAGUUGCGAGGAGUUCUUUUUUAUAAAGUUUUGGAGGAUUUGCACAGCCAUCUAUAUAAUAAGGGUGAAUAUAGUUCUUCAUUUGAUGGAGAGAGUGCUUUAGAAAUGCAUGAUAGAGCUCCCAUAGAUGAGUAUGUUUCAUCAAUGAGGGCUACUGGUGAUGAUGGUACACUGGAAGAUCUUAAAUUUGUUUCUCAUCAAGUUAUGCCGUGGCUAGCAUAUUCCACACCAGAUGAAUUUAUUGAAGCAAUGAAAAAAAGUGAUGCUCCAGUAUAUGUGAAGUAUUUACAGACAAUGGUUGAGUGCAUUUGCAUGCUAGGCAAAGUUGCAGCUUCUGGUGCUAUGAUAUGCCAAAGAUUGCGACCUACCAUUCAUGAAGUUAUCACAUCCAAAAUAAAAGCUCAUGCAGCUCUGGUAAAUUCAUUGAGGCCCUGCAUUGGACAGGCCACCACUUUAGCUACUUCUGGUGUACAUUAUUGGAAAAGGCAGUUGAAAAGCUAUCAGUUGGUGAAACGGAGGCCCCAGGAUGAGAUCAUGCUGGCUGGAACCCUAAUGGCAGUUAGUCCUGUCUCACCAUUGUUGGCUCCCAAGGGAGCAGCACAUGCUGCGGCCAAAGAGCUUCUUGACUCAAUAUUAGACACUGUCGUUCGAAUCCUUGAGAACCAUGUUAUUGUUGGUGAGCUUCUGGAAUCUAAAUCUGCACAGCAGAGUGAUAUGGGCACUCCAAGGUUAAUGCAUGGAGACAUUAACUGGAACCCUGAUCCUGAAGCAUCACAAGCUACUGGAGGCUACAGCAUAGGUUUUGCAUUGACGGUCCUACAGAGUGAAUGCCAACAACUGAUAUGUGAGAUUCUUCGGGCAACUCCAGAAGCAGCAUCUGCAGAUGCUGCUGUACAAACAGCUAGACUUGCAAGCAAGGUUCCUUCCAAGGAAAAGAGGCGUGACAGCUCAGAAGAUGUUCUUACAUUUGCCUUCCGCUUUACAGAUGCGGCAAUUUCAAUCAGCAAUGAAGGAGUUGAUCUCAUUCGCAAAGGAUGGAAUAAAAGGGGUCCAAAUGUAUUACAAGAAGGUUAUGGAACUGCAGCUGUUCUUCCUGAACAAGGAAUUUAUCUAGCGGCCUCCAUAUAUCGACCUGUACUUCAGUUUACUGAUAAGGUCGCUUCAUUACUGCCUUCUAAGUAUUCCCAGCUUGGGAAUGAUGGAUUAUUAGCUUUUGUGGAGAACUUCUUGAAGGAUCAUUUCUUACCUACGAUGUUUGUGGAUUAUCGGAAAGGCGUCCAGCAAGCUAUAUCAAGUCCGGUUGCAUUUCGGCCAAGAGCACAUCCUGCUUCUACUUAUACUCCUCAGAUUGAGAGGGGACGUCCUGUCUUACAAGGUUUACUGGCUAUUGAUUUCUUGGCAAAAGAGGUGCUUUGUUGGACACAAGCAAUGCCUAAAUUUUCUGGUGACCUCGUGAAGUAUGUGCAAACUUUCCUUGAACGAACAUAUGAAAGAUGUCGGGCAUCAUACAUGGAGGCAGUUCUAGAGAAGCUGAGUUAUAUGCUCAUUGGGAGGCAUGAUGUUGAGAGCUUGAUGCGAUAUGAUCCAGCCAGUGUGUUGUUACCAAAUUCAUCUGGUCAGCAGAUUAUGGAAAACAAUGUGUCUGAUGCUGAAACUCUUGAAGUUGAGAUGGAAAUAAGUGAUGUGUUACUGAGUUUGCAGCCAAUCAAGCAGGAAAAUCUAAUUCAUGAUGAUAGCAAACUUGUUUUAUUGGCAUCUCUUAGUGAUUCAUUGGAAUAUGUGGCGGACUCCAUUGAAAGGAUUACGCAAACUUCCAUGAGUUCAUCAACUCAAGUAGAGGAGAACCAUAUGGACAAAAGCCCUCACCAUAAACACAAUAGCAGUGCAAUUAGCCGGGAUCUGGCAUCACUUGCUGAUGAAUAUAGAAAACUGGCAAUUGAUUGCCUGAAGGUUUUGCGUGUCGAGAUGCAGUUGGAGACAAUCUUCCACAUGCAGGAAAUGACCAGUAGGGAAUACUUAGAGGAUCAAGAUGCAGAAGAGCCAGAUGAUUUUAUUAUUUCACUCACUGCACAGAUAACACGUAGAGACGAAGAGAUGGCACCUUUUGUUGCUGAAGUAAAGCGGAACUAUAUAUUUGGUGGUAUAUGUGGCAGUGCAGCAAAUGCAUCAAUUAAGGCUUUGGCGGAUAUGAAAUCAAUCAACCUUUUUGGGGUUCAGCAAAUAUGUCGGAAUUCAAUUGCCUUGGAACAGGCCCUGGCAGCUAUCCCAUCAAUUGACAGUGAAUCCAUCCAGUUGAGAUUGGAUCGAGUUCGCACUUACUAUGAACUCCUAAACAUGCCAUUUGAGGCCUUGCUUGCCUUCAUUACAGAGCAUGAGCACUUGUUUACAGCUGCAGAGUACUCAAGUCUCAUCAAGGUCAAGGUCCCUGGCAAAGAGAUACCUGCUGAUGCAGAGGAACGGUUAUCUGAGAUUUUAUCUCAUUAGGGGUUUUUUAGGUGAAUGGAUUUGUUGUGUGGAGAUGGACAGACAAGUUCCCUCCGUUGUGGAGAAGCUGAGAGCAUGCAUAAAAAUUUUAUUCUGUUGUAAGGAUGAUCAAACCAGAAGCUGUUGUCAUGGAGCUGCUACACAGCUAGUACUUCCAUCCGAUAGAGUAGAUUCUUUCUUGUUUAUUGCUAUUACUGCAAGAGUGCUUUUGUCAUUGUUAAUUUUUUCUUAUGAGAAAAUUUUCUAUUCCGCCUGAGAAAAACUUGCUGUCAGUGGUAACUGUGGCUUUCACUAACUUUAUAUUUGUGAAUUUCCAAAGCUCCCAGUAGAAAAUGUUGUUAGGUAUGAAGUAGAACACCAUUUUCUAACCCCUAAUUUUGAUUG